GGCGACGUGUUAAACCGUGUCCAUUCCUUGUUCUCGCCUGUGGUCUUUUAGGCCAAUUUGAAUGAUUGAGUGGAGGGGUAAAAAAAGAUGUUGCAUCAGAAUGUAUUUUGAUAUGGGGAUAUAAUCUGUUGCGAUGAACACUGGGGAUUCAUGUGUGAAAAAACGGGUGGCCUAGCCUCACCUUUCAAGCGCGUCAACCCGGAGGGAGUCCCACCUUCCAAAAACACGGACGAGGAAAUCACGCUACUAGCUUGCCAUCCAGCAGCCGAUUGAAGCGCGCACUCGACGUUUGGACACCCGUCUGCUCUCUCUGCUUUUUGCCACCGCUCUUUUGAAGAUUUGAGAAAAUAUAAAGAAUAAGCGGGGAAACCAUCACCACCACCACAUUCAUAAAGGGGCGUUACGGAGAGAGUCGGACAAAGUGUAACAUAAGUGAUGAUGAAAGACCGCACGCAAGAACUUCGACAGGGGAAGGAGACUGAGGAGGAAGAGGAGGUGGCCGUGGGCAUGGACAAAGGCUUCAUGGAUGAAUUCUUUGAGCAGGUGGAGGAGAUCCGUGUCUUCAUUGAGUCCCUGGCUGAGAAGGUGGAGGAGGUGAAGAGGAAACACAGUGCCAUCCUGGCUGCACCCAACCCCGACGAGAAGACGAAGGGGGACCUGGAAGUUCUGAUGACGGACAUUAAGAAGUUGGCCAAUAAAGUUCGCUCCAAACUAAAGAGUAUCCAACAGACCAUUGAGCAGGAGGAGAGUCAGAACAAGUCUUCAGCUGACCUGAGGAUACGCAAGACACAGCACUCCACUCUGUCCCGUAAGUUUGUGGAGGUGAUGUCAGAGUACAACGCCACCCAGUCAGACUACAGGGAGCGCUGCAAGGGCCGUAUCCAGAGACAGCUGGAGAUCACUGGGAGGAAUACAACAAACGAGGAGCUGGAGAGCAUGUUAGAGAGCGACAACCCAGCGAUCUUCACCUCAGGGAUCGUCAUGGACUCCAACAUCACCCAACAGGCGAUGAACGAGAUCGAGACUCGUCACACUGAGAUCAUCAAGCUGGAGAACAGCAUCCGUGAGCUACAUGACAUGUUCAUGGACAUGGCCAUGCUGGUGGAGAGCCAGGGGGAGCUGGUGAACAACAUUGAGCAGAACGUGUGUAACACCCAGGACUAUGUGGAACAGGCCAGAGACAACUACAAGGCUGCCGUCAGCAUGCAGAAGGGUGGCCACAGGAAGAGGAUCCUGAUAGGGGUUUGCCUUGCUGUCUCUCUGACCAUCCUCAUCAUAUCUCUGGCUGUCGGGCUCAGUUAGGGGAGCCACCAACAUCCAGACCUUGGCCUGAGGCUGGGUCACCCCUCUGGGCUGAGAGAGAGGCCUGGUUUAGGGCCUCGGCACCUCCCCGGAGGAUGGCCCCAAGUCUUCCACACUCUGGUCUAGCUUCACCCACCAUGGAUGAAAGAAAUCAAAUAGUGAAGAGCUGGAACACAUAGUUACUGGGCAGACCGGUUCUGUACCCCCCGGCACAUUGACUCGGGUACCGGUACCCCCUGUACAUAGCCUCGUUAUUGUUAUUGUGUUACUUUUUUAAAUCAUUUUUUCCUUUUGUUUAUUUGGUAAAUAGUGAAGAACACAGGUUCUGCUACUACUUCAUGUUGAGCAUGGCCACAUCCAUAGAAAUCCCAUGGACACUAUUGAUAGAUCCAACGGCAGGAUAGUGGGUUUGAUUCCUGGGACCACCCGUACAUGAAAUGGGCUGCUAGUUGCUUUGUUUUAUAAGUGUUAAUACCAGAUAUUAUUGACCUGUCUGUGUCUGCACGCCAUCCCCCUACACGUGUGUCCUCACGCCAUCCCCCUACACGUGUGUCCUCACGCCAUCACCCUACACGUGUGUCCUCACGCCAUCCCCCUACACGUGUGUCCUCACGCCAUCCCCCUACACGUGUGUCCUCACGCCAUCACCCUACACGUGUGUCCUCACGCCAUCCCCCUACACGUGUGUCCUCACGCCAUCACCCUACACGUGUGUCUGCACGCCAUCACCCUACACGUGUGUCCUCACGCCAUCCCCCUACACGUGUGUCCUCACGCCAUCACCCUACACGUGUGUCUGCACGCCAUCUCCCUACACGUGUGUCUGCACGCCAUCACCCUACACGUGUGUCCUCACGCCAUCCCCCUACACGUGUGUCCUCACGCCAUCACCCUACACGUGUGUCUGCACGCCAUCUCCCUACACGUGUGUCUGCACGCCAUCACCCUACACGUGUGU